AUGCUCUAUUUCUCAUCCGCCGCGUUCCUCUACUCCCUGGCAGGGCUUGCCAAUGGCCUACCUGCGCCAGCACCCCAGGCGUCAGGAGUCUCGGGUGGUUCAUCAGUACCAGGUCCUGUUGAUCCCUCCCAAGUCCUGAACAUGCCAUUACCUUCUGGUGCAUUAGGCUCGUUGCGCGGUUCUGAAGGAUUGAUUGGUUACAAUCCUUCUAACCCAGUCGACAUGAAGUCUACAGUCAUCUCACCUGAGGACUUCGAACUCGCACCUGGGCAGUCAGAGGACGAGGAUUUGGGAUUGUAUAUUGAUCUCACGAAUGUGAAGAAUCCACAACCGAUUCGCGGAGCUACGACAGGACCAACUGAACCUGGUCCACGGUAA